CGCGCUCCCAUUCGGCCACUUUCCCUUUCCGUAGACACCCGCACCUCCACCUCCAUCACCUGUGUACCUCCGUGCUUGGGUACAUACAUGCCUAUAUACCUAGGUAGAUAUAUGUAUAUAUAUAUCGUGGUUGCCGUCGUCCCCCUACAUGUCCUGCUCAAAACCCUUCCUUCAAUGGUCGUGCUCCCUAGAAAAUAUUCCCAGCCAUAACCCUGCAUUGAUCCCUGUGCUUCUGCAAUUGCCUGUGUACAGCGGUCUGUACGUGUGUAUACAUGGAAGCAAGCACGCAGACCGUAGUACCCAAGAAACGGCCGCAUACGACCUCCAAAAUGAUGGCAGCCAUGCAACCCUCACUUGGACCGCCAAUUCUUCUAUUUUUUUUCUUCUUUCCCCUCAUCGUACCAUGUCCUCGAAGUGGAUGUUGAUGACAGGACCAACGACGCGGAGGCCACGCGCUCUCAAAGGGGACUAGGGCGGAUUUGGAUGGAUGGAUGGUUGCUUGCAUGGGCGGAUUUGGCUUGCCAUUGAUUGAUUGAUUGAUUCAUCAUCCAAGACGACGUCGCAUCGUCUGUUCUGUUUUGUUCGCUUUGGACCGCCCGUUGCUCACCCUUUUUUUUGGUGUUGUCGUCCUUUUCUUCUUCUCAAUUCCAUCACCAUACCCUCGCUUUGAUUCCCGCUCCCGUAUCCAGCAAGUAAUGACACCGCAAUCUUCGCCCUCCCUUCUCACCAUCUUCCUUUCCUGGCCGUGAGCCGCCAGCCAGUCUUUGCCGGCAGUGUGUCAAAUGACGGCCCCAUGUCUGCUCCGUCCGCCUCUGCUUCCCGUGAGCCGUCACGCGGCCGAGCUCUCACCUCGUCCUCUUCGGCGCGCCCAAGUCUCUCGCCCGCCCCCGUAGCUACCAGCACCGUCACCAUCAGCAGCAAGUCGAGCCCUGACCGCGGCAUUGGCCUGGAGCGCAAGCCCUCGCAUUCAUAUGCACACAACCGAAACACCUCCAUCGUGGGCGGCAUCCGCCAGCACUCGCGCAACACGUCCUUUGUCAACUCCCCCGCAACCAGCCCGCUGAGCCCCAACCAAGGUCACUACGCCGGAGCCACUCUCGAUGGCAUCAUGUCCCAGGAGAGCAUAACGGACGCUUUUGCCGCCAAGGGCACGCACAUGGGUUCCCUGAGCGAGGUUCCUGCUGCCUCGCAGUCCCAUCGCAAGCCAGAACGCGCCCCGAGUGCACGCUCACGCAAGGGCGGCCACCAUUCGCAGACUCGCCAGCCGGCCAACGAGCUCAAGACCAUUGGGGAAUAUGCGCUGCAUCACCUUUUCAAUGCCUUCAUUCCCCAAGCCGACCAGAAAAUCGCUCAAUGCAUGGCCCACCACGACCAGCCCGAAGCCAGGGUCGAGCUCGUGUGCGGUCCUGGUGUUGAUCCCAAGUUUGAUCAGCUCAUAUCAUCUCUAGGUCACAUCGCCCACAGGAAGCCGAAGCCUCUGAUCGAUACCAUUAUGCUAUGGCGUAAGGCCAAAAGCGAAGAUGCUUCUCAGCUGCGGACGAAGCUUGCCAUGGCACAAAAAUCCCCUCAGCAACCACCCCAGCAACCUCCUUCUUUGCUUCCCCGCCGCAAUACCGAACCCGUACAUACCGCAGACAGCCAUGCCGCUACCAACGUCGCAACAGAUCCCGAGCAAUUGCAUGCCCUCCAGCAGACCGUGACACAAGCCGAACACCGCUCCACUGUUUCCACGUACAUCCUGUGUCGCGUCCUGAUUGAAAUCAUUUCUCAGACGGAGCUCAAACAUUUAACUGGAGACAUGGCCGAGCGCCUGCUCAGUCUAUUCUACGGUCAGAUCAACACAGUGGAGCCCGAACAGGUGGACGAGUCGCAUCUAAACCACGCGAAUUGGGUCAUCUACAGUCAGCUUCUUGGUGUCUUGAGUGGACUCAUUUUCAACAGUGUACAAGCUAGAUUCUUUGUGGACCUCAAGGGUAUUGAUCUCCAGACGCUCGCCAUCAGAGGCCAGUAUACCAAAGACCUGGAGGCCCGAGGCGCGUUGCUCGUCCGUGGAAUGCGAUACAUUCAGGUCAAGUCACAUCCUCCUGAGGCGUGGGGCCAGACUUGCGACUUCAUGCUCUCUAUUGCGAAGCUGUUUACCAACGUUCACGGUCAAACGCUCAAAUACGCGUAUUGCCACGUCCUGCGCAAUCUGCUGCUGCGUAUUGCCUCCAAUCUAGCCACUCACCCCAAGCCCGAUCUCAAUGCCCCCAGAUGGAAGAAUAUUGUCGAAGCAUUGAAAGCAAGAUGCUCACUGUUGUUGAGCAAACCCAAACAUUGGCAUGAAGCUUUCCCACUAAUGUGCGCCAUCUUGUGCGUAUCACCAAACGAAAUAUUCACAGCCCAAUGGUCCUCGCUCGCACUAUCAUCACAAUCUCGCCUAAAGGAACGUGCAACUAGAGUAAUUGCUCUACGGGGGAUAUGUCAGCUUGUUUGGAGUUAUCUUCAUCGUACCACGACCGAUACCCCUGUGCUAGCUACACGCAAACUCGAAGACAUUAUCCGCAUGGUGUUCCAACCCGGACGACGGUCAUAUCUUUCGACUGAGCCUGCUAUUGCCGAACCAUUGAUACAACUGACCCGUAUCAUCGGUUACACCCACCAAGAUCUCUGUUUUAGAUCCAUUAUUUUCCCGCUGCUCAAUUCCGAGUUAUUCACUUCCGGGAAAGAACUACGCGUAGAACACCUGGAACCUGACCGUAUGGUAAUAGGCAUUCGUUCAUUUCUGGCAAUUAUGGCCGACCUGGAAAAUUCGGAUCGAGCUUCUCCGCCAUUUCCAGACGUUUUUGAGUCUUUGCCGAGUGUUGAUCUGCCCACGCUUCCAACAGCUACACGAAUGCCGCAAAACGUCUCGAUAAAGUCCUCGCUUUUGAAGGAAGAUAGGCUAUCUCGGCCUGUAGACUCGACAAAGCUUGCUCAAGUGGCCAAAGAGUACUAUUCGCGCUUCUGCAAGAUCUUGGGAGAAAUCACCAUCAUCUGCGAUAACGCUUUCGGUGGACAGGCUGCUUUGGAUGAAAAGUUCUCGAUUCAAACUCCCAAGACUCCCAUGGCCGAGGCUUUUAGCUUUGGCCGUCGCGAUGACCAUCAGACCUCUCUCGAUCCACGACAAGGUUUCUACGAUCUACUCCACGUUGCCGUUCAGGCAUUACCGCGGUGUCUGUCACAGCACAUAUCUAUCAAUUCACUCAUCAAUCUUCUCUGUACUGGAACGGCGCACGUGCAGAGCAAUAUUGCGAUUUCCUCGGCUCAAUCUCUCAAGUCCAUCGCCCGUCAGCAACACGCGCAACAGGUGACGAUCGGCUUCGCAAGAUUCAUCUUCAAUUUUGACGACAGAUAUGCCACCAUGUCCGACGGCGGUUUGUUGGGUCCCGGACACAUCGAGAGCACAUUGAAGCUUUACGUGGAACUGCUUCAAGUGUGGAUCGAAGAGAUCAAGCAAAAAACCAAAAAGGCAGCUUUGGACACCCCCGAUGAUGGGUCCGGGAGCAGAGGGACACAACUGGAUCUCUCCUCAGUAUGGGCGCAUGUGGAUGAAGUGGAGUCGCAUGGGCUAUUCUUUCUUUGCUCACCCUCGCGCCGCGUAAGAGCAUACGCGGUUACCGUUCUUCGCCUCAUCACCGAAUUCGAUACAGCCUUGGGUGGAUUGAAUACUCGAAUCAUCCGCGUCAUGGAAGGUAGCCCCCAGAAAGUAUUGGACAUUAGUGACGACAAGCUGUCUCUCGUCGAACGCAGCCGCUUGCAACGAGGGAUGCGCAAGAGCAACGUCCACAGCACGUUGGUGGAACUAUGUGGGAGCGAUGUGCCUUAUGACUCCACCCUGUGGUUUAAGAUUUUCCCCAACUUGAUACGAAUCAGCUUCGAGGUUUGUCCGUUCGCCGUGACACUGACACGCGAUAUUGUGUGUGCUCGGCUGGCUCAGAUGUAUAGAACGUUGGCUUCGCUCUCUGAAGGUCCCCGUCCAAGCCCCCACGCAGCUGAGGCGAAGGCCAGCGGUCGUUUAGCCACAACAUCUCCAGCAAUGAUCAUUGAACAGUGGAAGCUGUAUUUGAUUUUUGCAUUCUCCACCUUGACAACGCUCGGUCCUAGCAACCAAUCUGCACUCGGUCAAACAUCCAUACAUUCUAGAAAGAGUUCGAAAUCGUCCCAAAAGAGUUCAAAGGUGUACACUGCAAGCGAGUUGUUUGCGAAAGUUAUACCCUUUCUUUCGGCCGAUAGCCCGGCCAUAAGAGAUGCUGCUGUUGUCGGCCUCGGUUCGAUCAACAUCAACUUAUACAAAACUCUGCUAGAGUCUUUGCAGGGGCAUGCUGCAGCUUGCGCAGAAGAAGCGAAAAGCCGUCUGGGUACCCACACCCGUACUGCCAGCAGUCCCCGGUCCUCAAGAAUGGACCACAUGCGGAUCGAGAUUACACAUGUUUACAAGCUAGUGUCUCAAUUCCUCAAGUCGCCCGAAGCUUACAACGACGAUUGGAUCUUAAAUGAACUUGUCAACUAUACCAAAGACCUUCGGAUCUUCUUGAGCGAUCAAUCGGUCCAGCGUAGCCAGGAAUUUCAUAAGCUCCGUACCCAUUAUUGUGGGCUAGUUGAAGUGCUUUUUGAAGGUAUCAACAAAACCCAAGAUCCUCUGCAAUGGAUGCCUUUCCAAGCCCGUAAGGCAGCUUUCACCUUGAUGGAAGACUGGUGCGGCUAUUCAGCAAACCAGUCACAAGUGCGACAACAGCAGGAAGACAACAUGAGACGCUCUAUGCUAGACCGUGACAUGGAUGCUGCUAAACGUGAAAUCCUUAAACGAGAUCUGCGAAUAGCCGCCCUGAGUGCCAUGGCGACAUUGUGCGGUGGUCCAAUCAGCAUCACCACUGACAGCAAAGUCGUCCUUCAGUUCAACGUCCAGCGUAUGCUCUCUUGGAUCGAUGAAAUCUUCGAGACACCUAGUGAUCGGACACAUGCCAUUGGUAGGCGUGCUUUGACGAAUCUCAUCAUUCACAACCGCGAGCAUCCAUAUCUCCUUGAUCGUGCCAUUGAGAUGUGUUAUUUAUCCAAAUCGUCAAAGUCGUUGGAAAGCUAUUUCGAGGUCGUCACCCAAGUACUUACCGAGCGUGAAGACUAUAAGCUUCCGUAUUGGAAGGUCCUCAGUGCAGGGCUUUAUACCCUUGGGCACGAAAAUAAUGAACUCCGUAUGAAGACUGCGCGCCUACUUAGGACACUUGAAGCACGCGAGCAGAAGAACUCAAAAUUACAGGAUCUGGAUAUCAGUAUAUCGGAUAAGACCAUCGCCGUUUACAAGCUUGCACAAUUCGAGGCUUCCCGACGCCUUGCCAAACAGCACUCCGAGCUUGCAUUCCUUGUUUUCUCACAGUUCAGCUACUACUUCAAAGAGCUACAACCAGAUCAUCAGCGCAACAUGGUUGCUGCCAUGCUACCCUGGAUUCAGACAAUCGAGCUUCAGGUAAACCCAGACGGAGGGCCGACUGCCAACUCGUACAUGCUGUUGGUCAAUCUGUUCGAGAUCACAGUGCGUUGUGGCAGCGCUUUGCACAACGAGAUACAAGCCCUAUGGCAGGCACUGGCCACUGGCCCUUACGCCGGGAAUGUGCAGCUCAUCUUGAACUUCAUCAUCAACCUCUGCCUGGACAAGCGGGAGCAAAACUACGUCGAUUAUUCAAAACAAAUCGUUGUGCAUCUUUCAAGUACGCCGGCCGGACUGAAAGUCGUCGAGGCUUUGUUGUUACAGAUCAAUCCCAGAUCCAUGGUCCUAGAGAAACGUGAACCGACUCCCCCGCCUCCAGAUGCUAUCAAUCUUCCGUACCUUGCUGACCUUGGUGCCCUGCUACCUACCAGCAACAAACAAUCUGGAUUUGCUCUAGGUCAACUGUGUCUCAUUCUCUUAGUCGAUCUCAUGGUCUCCCCCGUUCAACUUGCAGGCGAGCACGUUCCACUCUUACUUCAAGUAAUUAUGAUAUUAUGGGAUCACUAUACACCAGUGGUUCAAGAUCAAGCGCGAGAGAUGCUUGUGCAUCUUAUCCACGAACUUGUCAUUUCGAAAAUCGAUGAGUACCCCACUGAUAUUGACAAACGAGCUAUUGAAGACUUUGUGGAAAGUGUUAGGCAACACGAUACUAAGGUCGUUUGGAACUACGAUGAUAAAAACGGCAAGGAUGCAGAAGAUGCAGGGAGCAAAGUGCCAGAAUCAAUGACAUACGUUGCUGGCGAAGUGCUCAAGUUCUUCUCACUCGCCUACCCUGGGUUGAGGGAGGCUUGGGGGAAAGUGGCACUCAACUGGGCAACUUCAUGUCCUGUUCGACACCUGGCUUGCCGAUCCUUCCAGCUUUUCCGUUGUAUACUGAGUUCGCUCGAUCAACAAAUGCUCUCCGACAUGUUGGCGCGUUUGUCCAACACGAUCUCGGAUGAGGAGAGUGAUAUACAAACAUUCUCCAUGGAAAUCCUCACCACCUUGCGAGCGAUCAUUGAAGCUUUGCAGCCGGAGGAUGUGAUACAAUAUCCGCAAUUGUUCUGGACUACCUGUGCAUGCCUGGACACCAUUCAUGAGGGCGAAUUCAUGGAGAGUAUGCUUAUGCUUGACAAACUCAUGGACAAGAUGAAUUUGGAUGAUCCUGCUGUCAUCCGCAUUCUGGAUGAAAACUGCCCCGAGAAGUGGGAGGGCCAAUUUGAAGGUCUUUCACAACUUAUCUACAAAGGUAUCCGAUCGAGCCUGUGUCUGGACCGGGCAUUGCGCUUGCUGGAACGACUGGUGGUGCUGCAAUCCAAUCGAAUAGUGGGUGACGAAACCCGCCUUCUCUAUACCACUCUUGCGAACAUGCCACGUUUCGUCCGAACCUUUGAUCACGUAGACAGAGAUGCUUCUGUCAUCGCCACAGCUGAGCUCCUCGCCGAUGUUGCGGAAGACCAUCACCUUAUGGACCUCAGAGACACAUUAGCGACAUUUGUGAAAAGGCAGCAUAGAAGUAGCAAGACCUUCAUCGAAGUGACCAUCAAUGCUGUACGCGCAUCCUUCCCUCCCGAAUCCGAUUUUGGAAGCCUUGUUUUUCUACUUGGUCUGCUAGCGAAUAAGCACGAUUGGAUCAAAAUCAACACAAUGGAAGUGCUUUUGUACUUCAUAGAAGGCCACGACACCCUGAAACCGGAAAUCGCCAGCAAAGGCCCAGAUCUUAUCUCCCCUCUUCUGCGACUUCUGCAAACCGAAUUCUGCCCUCAGGCUCUCCAGGUCUUGGAUUCAGUCAUGAACAUGACUACUGCUUCUAUGCCUCAGCCCGUGGAGAGAGCACACCUUCGCAUGAGUAUGGCUGGGUCACAAACAAGCCGAACUUUCAAGAAACAAUAUGAUAAGACCCAAUCGCUGUACGGAAUUCCCGAGGAAACCGGAUGGUCAAUACCUAUACCUGCUCAUCACAGCCAUCUGACCAGAGCUAAUGUACAUGCUGUAUUCUACACAUGCGGAGCCGCCGAAGAUGCCGACGUAGCUCAAGCCGCCACACCAAAGAUUGAAUUCCGUCACGAAGAAUUUCCAUUCAGUCCUAUAUCAGAUUACCGAACAGCUACCAUGACGUCAGAAGAUACUCGUGGUGACAGUCACAUUGGCGAGCUUGUUAUGAAACUUGAUAGCCUGGACGAUUUCUUCGAGGACGAUGAUGAUGUUGAGACCCUUGCUGAUCUUCCCAACGGUUCUGUAUACGGAAGCAGCCGGUAUGCCAGUACGGCCUAUUCUACCACGUCGUUAGACACACGCGAAACCCUCUAUGACCAACAAACGGCGCCGAUUCUGAAUAAAUCACUUGCUCGCAAUCCGAGCGUUACGUCAUUUCACUCUGGAUUCUCUGACACCAAGCUUUCUCCAGCCCGCGAUCCGGGGGUUAUGAACCCCGGCGCCUUUAACAGUUUCAGUUCCCACACCAACUUGCCUCUCCAUCCGCCCUCUCGACCCGGCUUGCACUCACGCUCUGUAACGUCUCCGUCCGCGCCCAACCAAUCUUCAGUCAGUCGCCUCUCCCCAGCCCUGUCCAACACGCUCGAAGAACACGACGAGCCUUUUUCAGAUGACGAGUUCGCCUUGCUUCGUUCCCCAACGGGCCUGAAUGGUGCCGAUAAAUCGGUGUCACUCGAGCAUAUGGUGAAUGGGCUGCGUCAAGACACCAGGAGUCGAAUCCGGAGUGGUAUGAGAAGACUGACUGGGAACAGCGGCGACGCAAAGGAGAAGGAAAAGAUCAAGCAGAAUCUACAGGCGCAGAGGAGCCCCCAGGUUCCUAAAGUGCCCGACAUUUACUUGGUACAUGACCAACAACAGAACCAGAAGAAUCCGAAGAGCGCCGACCUGUAGACAGAAUUACUCGCGACACUCAGGCGACACCAAUACUCCGAAAAAGAAUACUUCCACGAUUAUGAAAACUUUUCUCUUCGCAAUGCCUUUCUCGUCAUGAAUUGGGGGAAAGGCAAGGAAAAAAGCCCAUCACAACACGCGAAAAUUUCAAGAAGCAAACGACCAAAACCAAAUCUGGACACGACUUAUCCAUCUUUUUAUUUUAUUUAUUUCUGACCUUGUAUACUCGGCAUGAUCAUCAUCAUCGAGGGAUGAUGUGAUAUUGAAGAUCUUCGGGAAGAUCUGCAUACAUGGCGAGCAAUUUUCUUUCCUCUUCUGCUCAUCUGGGCUUGUUGGUUGAUGAUGGAUGGGAUAUGUAUGGCUUCAUAUUUCAAUGUAUGUAAUGUGCGCGUGUUAAAUAUGUAGAGAGAUACCAAUUCGUGUUUUAUUCUUUCGUUUCUUGAUUGAUUGGGAGCUAUAUAUGGGUAAAUGGAAAAGAUAGAUAAAAUUUUAAAAC